AUGGGAGCAUUUUCCAGGGCCCUAGGGAAUGUACCGACACAUGAUGUCGAGAAUCCACGUACCCAAAAGGUCGUCUACUUGGUACUACCGUAUUUUCCGAAUGGCAACGUCCAGGAUGCGAUCAAUGCGCAUAUUGUGCACAAAACGCGCUUCGAUGAACGAAAGAUGCUCCAACUGUUUGCUUGCGCAUGUGAUGCACUCAAGAGCAUGCACCAGUACGUCCUCCCACACGUCUCCGUGCAAGCAGGUGAUGAAGAUGAGGAUGUCAAUACAACGCAUGCCGUCUCGACGAAAGACGACUCUUUGCUUUUUGAUGCUGGCUUAUCAGAGUCUUACGCAUACCCACCGCCAGAGCCUAUGGCCACCAAUGCUGCUGCAUCUAAACCACUGUCGACGUCGUCAACCCAUGCCGAACGUGUGCCAUAUGCUCACCGUGACGUAAAGCCAGGGAAUAUCAUGAUCUCUGAUGACGGAAAUACCGGCGUGCUGAUGGACUUUGGUAGCACCAUGCGAGCACGUGUCACUAUAUCGAGUCGUCGAGAGGCUAUUGCGCAUCAGGAUUUAGCUUCAGUUCAUUCCAGCAUGCCGUACCGAGCGCCAGAACUGUUUGACGUCAAGACGGACGCUGUGCUGGACGAGAAAGUGGAUAUCUGGGCACUUGGGUGCACACUCUACGCGAUGGCAUAUCUGCAUUCGCCAUUUGAGACCCUAUCCACCGUAGAGCAAGGCGGCUCGAUUGCUCUGGCCGUCAUGAAUGGCGCCUACAAGUUUCCACCUGCCGACGAGGAUCCGUACUCACCGCAUGUGCGGCAUAUCAUUGAGCGAUGCUUGGAACACGAUCCGCAAGCACGUCCUGAUAUUGAUGCUGUGUUAAAUGAUGUUCAUAUGGCCCUAGCAUCUAUCUAG